UACGCCAGAGCAAGAUGGCCGAGGCGGCGGCCACAGCUGGGGCCGGCGGCUCCGGAACGAGAUCGGGAAGUAAACAGUCCACUAACCCUGCCGAUAACUAUCAUCUGGCCCGGAGGAGAACCCUGCAGGUGGUUGUGAGCUCCUUGCUGACAGAGGCAGGGUUUGAGAGUGCCGAGAAAGCAUCCGUGGAAACGCUGACAGAGAUGUUGCAGAGCUACAUUUCAGAAAUUGGGAGAAGUGCCAAGUCUUACUGUGAGCACACAGCCAGGACCCAGCCCACACUGUCAGAUAUCGUGGUCACACUUGUUGAGAUGGGUUUCAAUGUGGACACUCUCCCUGCCUAUGCAAAACGGUCUCAGAGGAUGGUCAUCACUGCUCCUCCGGUGACCAAUCAACCAGUGACCCCCAAGGCCCUCACUGCAGGGCAGAACCGACCCCACCCGCCGCACAUCCCCAGCCAUUUUCCUGAGUUCCCUGAUCCCCACACCUACAUCAAAACUCCGACGUACCGUGAACCCGUGUCAGACUACCAGGUCCUGCGGGAGAAGGCUGCAUCCCAGCGGCGCGAUGUGGAGCGGGCACUUACUCGUUUCAUGGCCAAGACAGGCGAGACUCAGAGUCUUUUCAAAGAUGACGUCAGCACAUUUCCACUGAUUGCUGCCAGACCUUUCACCAUCCCCUACCUGACAGCUCUUCUUCCAUCUGAACUGGAGAUGCAACAGAUGGAAGAGACAGAUUCCUCGGAGCAGGAUGAACAGACAGACACGGAGAACCUUGCUCUUCAUAUCAGCAUGGAGGAUUCUGGAGCCGAGAAGGAGAACACCUCUGUCUUGCAGCAGAACCCCUCCUUGUCGGGAAGCCGGAAUGGGGAGGAGAACAUCAUCGAUAACCCUUAUCUGCGGCCCGUGAAGAAGCCCAAGAUCCGCAGGAAGAAGCGCAUACCGAAAAAAGUUCUUAAUUCUGCGAACAUCAACUUCCUGUGCCCAGGUGCAAGUGUGGGGGCAGCUGGUCCAGGGUAGAGCUUUGCCAUGGACUCUGGCGCUUCCGGAAAAACAUUAAGGUAUUUUUCCUCCUCUUGGAGGUUGCGGCCUACCUCAUCUCCAUUUGAUUACUAGUUUUUCUUUUUCUUCUUUGUUAAAAAGUUAUUUAAUUUUGAAUAGAUAAUAUAUGUAUGCAGUAUAAAAUUUAAAAGACAGAAAAAGAUAUAAGUGAAAACAAAAUAUCUUCCUCCUCCCGUUUCCCAGAGGCUCAGACCUCAUCCCUGGCAGCUGCUAUUAUGUUACUGUUAAUAUGGCCUUACGUAUUCUUCCAGAAAUAUUCUGUGCAUCAAAUGCAGAUACUUAUCUUUUCUACUUCUCAGUGUAUUUUUUGGUGACGUUCCAUGUCAGUAAUAAAGAGCUUCUCUGUUUCGUG